GAGUUAAUCCAAACUUAUCCUAAUCAUGAUUUGUAUUAUAAUUUGUUAAAAUUGAGCUUUUUAUAUGGCUUUUGAAGAGACACCCUAGAAAAUUGGUCUAUCUACAAUUGGUUUUAAGAUGCUUAGAAAUACUAUUAGUGUUCUAUCCAAAUUAGGUUUCUUGUUUGGUAAAGAGAGGAGUUUUUACUGACUUUUCCUGAAGAAACCUAGGAAAAUUUAGGGGCUUGUUGCUUUCAGGGGUUCAUUGUUGUUGGAAUUUCUAAUUAGGGUUUUGGGUUUCUGUCACUGGUGGGUUCUCCAUGGUGGACUCUGACCAAAGCAAGCUGUUCAUUGGAGGAAUCUCUAAGCAUGCAAGCGAGGACACACUGAGAGAUCACUUCGGCAAGUACGGUGAUGUUGUUUGGUCUCUGAUCGCCAAAGAUCCAAACACCAGAAGCUCAAGAGGGUUCGGUUUUGUUUCCUUCUCAGACCCAUCUGCUGUUGAUAAAGCUCUUCAAGACACCCAUGUCAUCCUUAAAAGAACGGUAGAUGUGAAAAAAGCAAUACCCAGAAGUGAGCAACACCAAAAUCAACAGCAGAAUAGAGGAUUGAAUAGGAAAAGUAGAGGUAAUGGUAGGAGCAAUGAUCAGUUUAGGACUAAGAAGAUUUUUGUAGGGGGUUUAUCACCUAGUCUAACCGAGGAAGAAUUCAAGAGUUACUUUGAGAAGUUUGGUAAGAUAACAGAUGUAGUUGUAAUGCAUGACAAUUUUACCAAGCGGCCUAGGGGUUUUGGGUUUAUCACCUUUGAUUCGGAGGAUGCUGUAGAGGAUGUUAUGAAGAAUAACUUCCAUGAAUUGAGUGGUAAGUCUGUUGAGGUUAAGAGGGCCAUACCCAAGGACGGAAACAACAAUAGUAACAACGGUUUUAUUGCGAGAGUGGAUAGUGGAAGAGGGUCUCCCUUUAACAGUCACCAGACUUACUUGCCGUAUACUGGAUAUGAGAUUCUUCCAAGUUAUGGACCUUUUUCUGGGUAUGGUGGUUUUGCGGGGUAUCCUUAUGGAACAAACAUAUUUGGGGGCGGGUACCCUACUGGAGGAUAUGGUGGGAUUGGUUAUGGGGUGCCUCCAGUUCCGCCUAGGAGUCUUUGGGAUGGCCAUGCAGUGGUUGGUGUUAGGGGAAGUCCAUUGCCUUAUGGAAGUGCUGCUACUGUCUAUCUUCCUUAUUUGAAUGGCGGGGUUGGAGUAACAGGUUUAGCUGCCAAUGGGUAUGAUGAGACUGUAGGUUUAGCAACUGAUGAAAAGCAUGCUCAGAUCAAUGGUGAAAAUGUAGACAUUAAUUCUUCGGGUUUGGAGGGAAGCUGCUAGUUAAUCAGAUGGCCAACAUAGGCCUUAACCUGUAAGUAAUUCUAGUUGACGACUUUGUGCUCCUUUAGGCAUUGACAGGUCAGUAAAUUCUUGGGAUUAAGGAUUUUAUACUGUCAUUUGUCAGAUGUUGUUUCCUUUAUCAUAAAAAUGUUGUUUGCUAUGUGUCAUUUUUACUUUCAAUAAUUCAUGGGUACAGGAUUGAGACUUCUGUAAUAUAAUUGUUUUAAAUUCACAUUAUGCUCUCUCUACUUAUUUAUCUUCAA